AUGUCAUCUCCAAAAAAGAGAACAAUGAAGUCGCCUCGCCUGUUUGUAGAGGCGCAUUUGGGAUCGAAUGACCUGGUAACACUUUCUCAUGAACAAGGGCAUUACUUAACGCGUGUCAUGCGCUUAGGGACUGGUGAAAAGGUUGCUUUAUUUAAUGAAGGUGAUGGCGAAUGGACUGCCUCUAUACAGUCAUCACAUAAGAAGAAUACCGUUACCUGUUUGAUUGAAGAACAAUUGCGCCCUGGAGAUGAGGAUUGUCGUUUAUUGGCAACAACGCUUGCUUUUUCAACUCUAAAGCCUUCCAUCAUGGGAUUUCUUAUCGAAAAGGCAACAGAACUCGGUGUGGAAUCCUUGCAACCUCUUGUCAUGGAACGGACGCAACAGAAAGUAGAAAAGCAGGAUAAAUGGCGUGCAAGAGCCAUUGAAGCUGCAGAGCAGAGUGAGCGUCUGAGCGCACCUAAGAUUUUGCCUUCUAUUCCUUUAGCAGAGUGGGCAGAAGCUUAUGAUGGACACAUUUUUUGGGCUCAUGAGCGCCUAGAAGGAAAAAGGAUGUCUUUACUGCAAAGCACACAAACGCCUUUUAAGGAGGUUGCCUUUUUGGUAGGACCUGAAGGGGGCUUCUCGCAAGAAGAAAAACACCUCUUAACGCGUUUAGAAAGUGUGUCACCAGUGACUUUGGGGCCUUCAAUUCUGCGGGCAGAGACGGCUUGUUUGAUGAUGUUGUCUCUUUGGCGUGGGAAAGCAAUUAUUUCAUAA